UUGACCGCACUCAAGUUGGAUGUAUUGACAAGCAAGAAGUUAAUAACCAACAAUCAAGGCUGGUCCAGUAAGCUGUUCGCUUCAUCGGAUGUCAAGACCGCCGUAGGUUCUAUCGUGGAUGUCACCGAGGCCAUAGCCAUUGUCAAUGAGUCAAUGCCAACUUUAACAAAGUCCAAGCCUGAAUCUACAGAGUCAGUGGAGGAUGUGUUGAAUGACUACGAUGAUAUCUUUGCUGAGAAGUUGGAGAAAGCUUGCCAAAUCACUGUUGUGGAACAUGAGAUCAACCUCAUCCAAGGUGCAACUCCAACUACUGCCCGUCUCCAACACUUUUCAAUCAAAGAGAAGGCAUUCUUGGAGACCGAGAUUGAUAGACAACUCAAAAUGGACUCUAUUGAGGACUCGUCAUCUCCAUUCUCCGCUGCGCCAGUCCUUGUUCCAAAGGGUGACAGCUAUCGUCUUGUCGUGUCGUACAAGAAAUUGAACGACAUCACCAUCAAAGACAAGUACCCGUUACCAAGGCUGGAGGAGCAAUGGGCCAACUUUCAUGGUGCCACUGUGUUCAGUACCAUUGAUAUGUUGAAUGGUUACACGCAACUCGCCGUCGCCAAGGCCAUCCGUCCUAUGACUGCAUUCAUCACUCAUACUGGUCUUUACCAAUUCAAGAGUUUGCCGCUCGGUCUGUGUAACGCUGUGGCUACAUUCUCUCGUUGCAUGUACACUAUCUUCAAGUCAUUGAUCAACAAAGGUAUAUUUUUGUACCUCGAUGACGUUAUUCUCUAUUCCAAGUCUCUUCCAGAGCAUGUCAAACUACUGCGUCAAGUGUUUGAGAUACUACGCAAGCACAACUUCAAGGUGAACGUCAAGAAGUGUGUCUUUGCCAAAGAUCGACUUAUCUUUCUUGGCUACCUCAUAUCCAACAAGGGUCUCCAGGUUGACCCAGCCAAGUGCAAGGCUCUCCAGGAGCUCAAGCAACCUGUCAAUGUCACAACUCUGUUGUCCUUCAUUGGUCUGGUCAACUACUCAAACCUGUCAUCGUUGUGGGUGCUCGAAACAGAUGCGUCCGCAUAUGGAGCAGGUGCUGUGUUGCUCCAGAACAACAAGGUUGUUUCUUACUUCUCCAAGACAUUCAACUCUGCCCAAGUCAACUACUCGGCCACUGAGAGAGAAUGUYUGGCCAUUGUAUUGGCCAUCGAGCACUACCGUCCAUACCUACAUGGCACCCGGUUCACAGUGAUCACCGACCAUCAGCCAUUGCGCUACUUGUUCACAGCCAWGAUGAACAGUCGUCUGAUCAGAUGGGCUCUGUUUCUGCAAGACAUGGACUUUGAGAUUGUGUAUCGUCCUGGACAUCUCAACAAAGCAAGUGACUGCCUAUCCCGUGACCCGGUCAAAGACGAGGAGACCGUCAACAUCGUUGGUGCCACGGAGGAAUUGUCAAGAGAUGUGUGGAUCAGAGAGAUCAAGGCAGAUCCCCAAUUGAUGCUUUUCAUCAACUACAUUGAGAAGAAGGAGCUGCCAGAGGACCAACAUCUGGCUCGUCGAGUGGUCAUUGAGUCAGAGUUCUUCCUAUAUAACAAGGGCAUCUUGUUUCGUGGUUCCAAGCAUCCUGAAUCACGUGUUGGAUCAACAUCGCCAGUKGUCAAUCCAAGAGUGUGUGUCCCAGCCACGGUCACAUCGCGCAUCGUCCAGCUCUUCCAUGACGAUCCAAUCCAUGGAGGACACUUUGGUAUURCCAAGACCAUCUACAAGAUCAAGGAGAGAUACUUCUGGCCGGGAAWGAUAAAGGAGAUCAAGGAACAUGUUCAGACGUGUCCAACUUGCCUUUCAACAAAGAGAAAGUACACCAGAGAGGGUCUACUCAUUCCCAUCGAGUCGUCUCGUCCGUUCGAGUUGGUCGCUUUGGACUAUCUGGGUCCACUCACYGAGACCAAGGAUGGUAACAAGUACAUCCUGGUCAUCGUCGACCACUUCACACGUUGGGCCGAGGCAUUCCCAACCAAGGACAAGUCCGCUGAGACUGCCGCACACCAUCUKUUCACUGACUGGUACUGUCGAUAUGGCGCUCCAAUGAAGUUGUUGAGUGAUUGUGGAGGUCACUUCCUGGCUGAUGUCAUUGUCCAGAUGAACAAGAUCUUCGACAUCAAGAAGGUGAACACCAGUCCCUAUCAUYCCAGGACCGAUGGAAUCUGUGAGAGAUUCAUACAGACAAUCAUCCAGUUGCUUCGAGCCUACUACUAUAUGUACCAG